CACAGACAUGUUGCAAGCGUUAAAAUAUUUAGAUGAAUACCUACCAGAAAGUGCAAAAUAUCAAACAUGCAGUCAGAAAACGCGAGACUGGUGGCCGUCUCAGUGCGAUUGCCUUCACUCCAACCAAUGAUGACGUCAAUCGCCAUAACUCGUGUCAAUGAUUGAAAGGUUAUGACUGUUCAGCAGUGAGUUUACGUCGAGACUUGACGUGCGGCAGCAGACGGCGGAGCCAUCGGCGCCGGGCGGAUGUUAUUGGCCUUCUGUUUAUCUGACGUCCCUGGUGCCCUGGUCGGCACGCGGCCCCGCUCCAGUCCGUACCGGCUGGCGCGAACUGACCCAACACCGGUAUCCGGGCGUGUGGCCGCCCAACCACGCAGAACUAUUCUGCGUCGCACCGUGGGGCUUUCCAGGGACGGUAGCCGGUAGCGGCGCUGUCGUCACCGUCCGGCAUGCCGCGGGAGGCCGGCGGCGCUGAUCCUACGGAGAAGUGACGUGUUCGGUGCAUUGGGGUGAAGUCCCCGCCGGAGCGGCGGUCUGCGGGGCUGGCCGGCGCCGCGGGUCACGGCGGCCUCUGCUCGCCUAUAGAAGCGUCGCGCGCACCGAGCGCCGCCAGUAGCCCCCCGGCUCGGCUGGUGGCUGGAGAUGGCGCCCUGUCGACUGAGAUGGCUCGUGCUUCUGCCGCUGGUGGUCGGAGCAGCCGUUGCUGAAAGACAUUAUCUGUUCACGGCACCUAAGGUGUCCUAUGCCGGCGAGUCGGAGACGAUGUGUCUGACGCUGUUCGACGUUCCCGAGACGGGAGACCUAACCCUCGACUUCUCCGGCUCCGGGGACCGGCGCACCCUACACACUCAGUCCGUCGCCGGCGUGUCAGGCGGUUUCAAGCAAACCUGUUUCGACGUGAAGAUGCCAGAUACAGCCACUGGGAGAAGCACGCUUCACCUAACGGUGGCAUUCCCGACUCAAACCAACUACAGCAUACGCGGAGAGAGAGAUUUCAGUAUCAGGUCGUCUCCUGGGGACCAGCCGGAGCAGUUGUUUGUGCAGACGGACAAGUUUGUGUACAAGCCCGGGCAGCUGGUGCGGUUUCGCGUUUUCUCCGUCGACUCUGAGCUGCGACCGGUAACAAAGCCGAUUCCGUUGAUCUUCAUUCAGACGCCGCUGGGUACUCGGGUAGCGCAGUGGACCGACCAGAGCGGCCGCAGCGGCCUCGUUCAGCUGGAGUUCCAGCUGUCAGACGAGCCCACGCUGGGUGACUGGACGAUCCACGUCAGCGGCGUGACAAGCAACGUACAUAAAAAGGUGUUCCGGGUCAAAGAAUACGUGCUGCCAAAGUUUGAAGUGAAGGUUCAGGGUCCGCCGUUCAUACUCGCCGAUGAAACUGAAGUAAUAUUCAAAGUAUGCGGAAUAUAUACGUAUGGAAAGUCAGUGACCGGCAAUGCCACAGUACACAUUAAGACACCGAGGCACAUCUACUGGGGCCCCUUGGGCUCCUGGAGGCACAGGCAUGAACCGGAUGUCGUCGUGGUUCGCCACAAUGUCACCGGUGACUCGCCGUGCGCCGAGUUUCGACUGAGCGCCGACGAACUGGGUCUCGGUGGUGACCAAUAUCCCCGGAUAAGACGAUAUGAACUUUUUGCUGAACUGACCGAGGCCGGAACGGAUGUCACUCUCGAAGCUACUAAGCAGUUCAAAGUGGAAUACGACAGGCUAAAGCUGUCCACUGAUUCCAGAUAUAACAAGUACUUUAAGCCAGGACUGCCUUUUCUUGAUCAGAUAAAGAUAUCUCACCCAGAUGGAAGUCCGGCACCCGGGGAGCUCGUCCGUAUCUGCUUCCACAAAGACGAGGAGAGAGACAACUCAGUCUGCGAAGAAGCCUCUUCAGACUACAGUGGCUUGGUGAGGUUCGCCAUCCCAGCUCAGAGUCAACGGGUGAAUAAACUCCACAUUGAUGCUAGCGUCCCUAAGCUCAAGAGUGGAAGACACAACGAAAACAAAAUACAGGGUCUGUCCUAUUCGGUGACGGGCUGGGCGUCCAAUUCGGGAGCGUUCCUACAACUGGCGAAGAUGUCCGACGUGCAGUUCCGCUGCGGUUCUACUGCCGAUAUACCGCUGCUGUUCACUGCUCGGCUGGACUCCAAACUCGAAUUGUUCUAUCAGGUGAUGGCUCGCGGAGAUCUCAGUCCGGCUGUCUCCGUACCGGUGACCUUUGACCAGGCCGUCGACCUGCCAGCCUCCGUCCUGGAUGGUGUCACCGUCAUCGGCUCGCGUUCCUCUAACGCCCGACCCGCAGGUCUGGUGACGCUCGCCGUUCCUGUGACACCCGCCAUGUCCACCGGGUUCAAGGUGCUCGUGUUCGCGGCCGUUGACGGCGAGGUGAUCGCGGACAGCGCCCAGUACAAGGCCGUCCCGUGUCUGGAGAACACGGUGCGCGUCAGCUGGGCUCCGGACCGUGUUCAGCCCCGGCGGAACACCCGGCUGACCGUCUCCGCCGCCCCCGGCUCGCUCUGUGGAAUCGAUGUAGUGGACAAGUCUGUUCACCUUCUAGGAACCGAAAAUAGAAUCACUCUGAGCAGUUUCUUUGAUCGGCUGAAGAAACUAAAUCUUGGCAGGCAUGACGGCCCGUCCCAGAAAGACGACCAGGCCUACUGUUCAAGCAAGCAUGGUCAACUCUCAGAAGAUCAUGAGCUGAUUGAUGAUCUUCCGAGGCUCCAGCCUUUCGGAAGGUGGCGUCCGUGGGGACCUCGCUCCCACUGGACAACUGUUAACGUCGAUUCACUCACCGCCUUCGAUCCGAGUUCCGUUCUGGUUCUGUCUGAUUUGGACCUUGAGACUCGCCACUGUGUGAAGCACAGCCGACGCGUACCCUACCGUAGGGGUGGGAUGCACAGGCACCGCAUAGCGGGUGGCUCAACCCGACUAGCUCACAAUCGUCCUUCAGCGAUCAGUGAGGCCGGCCUACCGGGCAUGGCCGUGGCGUCUUCGGCUGGCACGGCGCCUCAGCCAGGGAGCGCAGAAGAAGGCGGGCAGGCGCCGCCAGAGCCGGAGCCCUCCGAGGUCCCCGAGACGGUGCGCACCUACUUCCCCGAGACGUGGCUGUUCGACCUGCACUCGGUCAGUGAGGACGGGACGGUGACGCUGAACCAGGAGGUGCCCGACACCAUCACCGAGUGGGUGGCCGGCGCCGUGUGCACCUCCGAGACGGCCGGUCUGGGCGUCUCGGAGACGGCCUCUCUGACCAGCUUCCAGCCGUUCUUCGUCGCCUACACGCUGCCGUACUCGGUGAAACGCGGCGAGACGCUGGUGCUCAAGGUGUCGGUCCGCAACUACCACCAGGACGACCUGCCGGUGAAGCUGACUCUGGUGGCCUCUGAGGAGUACGAGACCCUCUCGCCGCCGGUGGAGACGCUCUGCGUGCCGGCCGGCGACAGCGUGGUGGUGCCGUUCCGACUGCGUCCCUCCGCGCUGGGCGACGUCAACAUCACCACGGUGGCCGAGGUGUACCCCGAGUACCCGGCCGCCUGCGGACCCGAGACCGUGCUCUAUUUCAGUGACGCGGUGACUAGACCCGUCCUGGUUGAGCCCGAAGGAUACGAGAGGGAGUUCGUCAAUUCUAGCUUCCUCUGCAGCACAUCCGGUGACGGCCAGCAGGGAGGCAGCGUCAUGGACGUGUCCUGGUCGCUGAGCCUGCCCGCCGACCUGGUGCCCGGCUCGGAGCGCGCCCGGGUGGAGGUGGUGGGCGACCUGCUCGGACCCAGCAUCGACAAUCUGGAAUCGCUGGUGCGCCUACCGACCGGCUGCGGGGAGCAGAACAUGGUCAAGUUCGCGCCCAACAUCCACGUCAUGAACUACCUGGUGGCCGUCGGCGAGCUCACCGAGACGCUCAAAGACAAACUCGUCAAAUACAUGAAAACAGGAUACCAGCGGGAGCUGACGUACCGACAUGACGACCAGUCAUACUCUGCGUUCGGCAACUCGGACAGCUCCGGCUCCAUGUGGCUGACCGCCUUUGUCGUCAAGUCGUUCGGCGAGGCCAAGAGCUUCAUUUUCAUCGACGAGGACGACCUCACCGGGAGCGUCAGAUGGAUCGAGGAUAAACAGACGUCCGAUGGCUGCUUUCCGUCCGUCGGAAGGGUUCUUCACCAGGGAAUGAAGGGCGGAGUGUCGGGCGGCGGACAGCAGGCUCUGACUGCCUACGUCACGAUCGCCCUGCUGCGCUCAUCUGUCACACUGAAACCCGACACGCUGGCUGACGCCUUCCGAUGUCUGUACCAGGACUCCAGCUCGGACAUAUACACCCUAACGCUGCGGACUCACGCCAGAGCCCUCGCGGGACACCUAGUCGAGGCUCGAGCUGGCCUCGCGAAGCUCAAGGCCAGAGCCAAAUACGCUGACGGAAUGCUCUACUGGCAGAACUCAGAUUCUGAGGAGAACAAGGCGUUGAGUGUGGAGAUUGGAGCCUACAACAUCCUGACAAUGGAGCUGCUGCAGAAGGCAGGAGACACCGAGUACUUUGGAGACGCUCUUGCCGCGGUUCGCUGGAUCAACGAGCAGAGAAAUAGCGGGGGAGGGUUCGUCUCCACUCAGGACACGGUGCUGGCUCUGGAGGCGCUGGCCAGUUUCUCGGCCGCCCUGCCGCGCUCCGCCACCUCCGAGCUGCGUGUCCGAGUGAGCGAGCCGCUGGGCGCGGAGGAGUUCCGCAUCACGCCGGCCAACCAGCUGCUGGUGCAGACCCGACAGCUGGACAGACUGCCGGCGCGGGUGUUCGCCCGAGCCGAGGGCGACGGCUGCGCGCUGGUGCAGGCUAUUCUGAAAUAUAACGUUAAGGAGACGGGCCCAAGCAACGCACUCAGCAUCUCUGUGAAGUCCAAGCCGAAGCCUGGUCAGACCAACUGUCUGAAGCACGUUGUAGAGACGUGCGUCAGAUACGAGAAACCAGGGGAGAGCAACAUGGCGGUCGUCGAAGUUGAAAUGGUCAGCGGCUUCAUUCCCAACAAAGGCAGCUUGAAAGCUCUCAAGGAGAACGCCGAAUUAGAGCUGAAGCGCUGGGAGGUCUCCAAGAACAAGGUGGUCUUCUACUUUGACUCGCUGGACAGCCGGCGGCGCUGUCUGGAGAUGGUGGUGCAGCGCGAGCAGGAGGUCGAGGACGUCAAGCCGGCGCGUGCUACCGUCUACGACUACUACCAGGCCGAGGUGGCGCUUAGCACGUCGUACAACCAUGACAUGGACUGCGCCACGGCGGCUGCCUGAGCCACCUGUACCGCCGGUGACCUGCCUCCUUCUGUGGCCGAGACCGGUCACAACGGGACGGUCCUCUGCGGUGGGACCGCGGUGCGCGGCAUCGUCUAAAGGAAGGAAGGCGCCUUCGGCCGCAUGCUUCACGUGCGGGUUACAUUUACGGUGCUUAAGAGUUUCGAUGUGCUUGCUGCCUGUAUUUUAACUCCUUGUUUGUAGCGGGGGCGGGUUGUACUGUUUUAUAUUGCGUGAAUUGGAUUCAUCAUGUCGUGCAAUUUCGAACCACAAGUGAGGGAGCUGGCAUACGAUGACAAGAUGGGACAAUGCUGUAUUGAAAUUAAGAUGAUCAUGGUAAAUAAACUGGGCUUCUGGCAAUGAAAAAAAA